UGCGGGGCGAAGGCUGCGGGCUCGGCUUCUCUCGGCGCGGGAGCCACGCCGGGAGAGGUGCCUCCCCUCGCCUCCGGUCCCACCUUGACGGCGAGAUGGAGGUUGGUGUUUGCAAACAGGAGAUGCUCCAGAGGAAGAAUGCUGUUUUGGUGGAUGGAGUCAUCCUAAAUGGUCCAAUAAUGGACUCAAAAGCAGGAGAGAAGUUUGUGGAAGAGGCCUGUAAGAUUAUAAUGGAAGAAGUUAUCCAGAAAGCUGAUGAUGUAACAGAAAAGGUCUGUGAAUGGCAAGCCCCCGAAACUCUUAAGCAGAUUCUUGACCUGGAAAUGAGAGACACUGGAGAAUGUCACCAGAAACUCCUGCAACUCUGCCGAGAUGUUAUACAAUACAGCGUCAAAACCAGUCAUCCACGAUUUUUUAAUCAGCUCUACGCUGGAAUAGAUUAUUACUCGUUAGCAGCUCGUUUUAUUACAGAAGCACUAAACCCUAGUGUAUAUACGUACGAAGUAUCCCCUGUGUUUCUUUUGGUGGAAGAAGCAGUCAUCAAGAAAAUGAUUGAGUUCAUAGGCUGGGAAGAAGGUGAUGGUAUAUUUAAUCCAGGUGGCUCUGUUUCUAAUAUGUAUGCCAUGAACUUAGCAAGAUACAAAUUUUGUCCUGAGAUAAAGGAAAAAGGGCUUUCAGGUCUGCCAAGACUAGUCCUGUUCACUUCAGAAGAGUGUCAUUACUCCAUGAAGAAGGCAGCCUCCUUCCUGGGUAUCGGUACAGAGAAUGUUUACUUCAUCAGAACAGAUGAAAGAGGUAAGAUGAUACCUGAGGAACUGGAGAAACAAGUCCAGCGGGCCAGGAAAGAGGGGUCAGCACCAUUUCUUGUCUGUGCUACAGCAGGCACAACAGUGCUGGGAGCAUUUGAUCCUCUGGAUAAAAUUGCUGAUAUCUGUGAAAAGCAUGGCCUCUGGCUUCAUGUUGAUGCUUCUUGGGGUGGCUCAGCUUUGAUAUCAAGGAAGCACUGCAGACUUCUGCAUGGCAUCCACAGGGCUGAUUCUGUUGCCUGGAAUCCCCAUAAAAUGUUGUUGGCAGGAAUCCAGUGCUGUGCUCUUCUGGUGAAAGACAACUCUGGCCUUCUGAAGAAAUGUUACUCUGCUGAGGCUGCAUACCUGUUCCAGCAGGACAAGUUCUAUGAUGUCAGCUAUGACACUGGUGACAAGUCUAUUCAGUGCAGCAGACGUCCAGAUGCAUUCAAAUUCUGGCUGAUGUGGAAAGCAUUGGGAACAACAGGCCUGGAGGAGAGAGUAAACAGGGCACUGGCUUUGGCAAGAUACCUAGUAGAGGAAAUUAAAAAAAGAGAGGGAUUUCAGCUCCUUUUGGAGCCGGAGUAUGCAAACGUUUGCUUUUGGUACAUUCCACCAAGCUUAAGACAAAUGGAGGAUGGACCUGAGUUUUGGCAAAAGCUGCACCAGGUUGCUCCUAUAAUUAAAGAGAGGAUGAUGAAGAAGGGCAGCAUGAUGCUUGGGUACCAGCCUCACCGGGGCAAAGUCAACUUCUUCCGUCAGGUGGUGAUCAGCCCACAAGUUAGCCGGGAGGACAUGGACUUCUUGCUGGAUGAAAUUGAACUUCUUGCUAAGGACUUGUAGCUGUAGAUCCAGAGUACCAGGUGCUGCUGGCGUGUGAUAUUUAUGGAAAAAGAGUGGCAGCAGCAUUCUGGUGUUACUCUGUGAAGGUAGUAAAAAACUUGACAUAUAGUUUGGUAACUGUCAUUUUAUAGAUUGAUGUUGAGAACUUUGCAGGUAGAACACCCCUUCACUGGAAAGUAUUUGCUGAUGGGGGCUGGGACAAGCUGGUGCUUGCAGCACCAUUGCUGCCAUUUUAAGGAGUGUUUUCUCAAGAAGGGAGCACUUCUGCAAAUGGUAUCUACGUCCCAGGGAAGGCAGCUAUUUACUGGGUGCCUGUGCGCAGUGUAGCUCAAAUUGGUCACUCGUGUAUGCAGGCAAUAUUCCUUUGAAGUUGCUGUGAGGAGUGGUUUAGCUCAGUGAGCCUUAAGAUGCUAGUUAAUUAUCUACUCUGUCAAUAUUUUAGUUUGGUUGGUAAUGAAACUGAUAAGACUGGAAAUUUUGGACUUACAUGAAGCUUUCCUCAAGGGCCCUAACUAAGUGGAUUGCCCGGGUUUUCCACUGUGAGCACAGGCAGACUAGAACGAGGCUCAGCACAGUCACCACACUGGGGGGUUUGCAGGAACCUCCUGCACAAAGUGCUGAGCAACCAAUAUCGAC